CUGGAUUCUGGAUUCUGGUUUUGGUUUUGAAAAGGAAUUGAACAAAAAUGAAACAUUUACCCAUCAUACUGCUUUCUUUAUCGACAAAUUAUUUAUCAAUAAUAAUCAAUAUCGAUUGUUUGGCUGUUAAUUCCCGAUCAUCGCCAUCACGAUCAUCAUCAACAUCAUUAACUACAAAAUGUCCGCAAUCAAUACUUGAUUCAUAUGAUCAAGAUAUGGCACGUUUAAUGACUAUUGGACAACGUAUUUGGCCGGAAAGUUUUCAGGAAAGUAAAACAUUUUGUGUGGAAAGUCGCCAUUUAUUUGAUAAAAUAACCAACUAUAAAAAUCGUUGUUCAACCGGAACAGCCAAACAAUUUACAUCGGUUAUUAUCUAUUCAAUACAACGUGCACAUAAAACAUAUUGUCCAAAUAAAGCAACCAAAAAAGCAAUGAAUUUUUUUCGCUUACAAUCAUGUACAAAUCGCGUAACGAAUCAAACCGCUAGAUGUUUAAAUCAUUAUAAUGAACAAUUACAGGCAAUCAAACGGGCGCCAAUACCGAAACAAAUUCCACAUGUUUGUUGUCAAUAUUUUGAAAUGUUAAAAUGUUUUGAAAAAGAAUAUGAAAAAUUACCAAAUUGCAGUGAUUCGGCUGAAAUAUUUUUAAAUUUUGUUCGACAAAUUUUCGAUGAUAUUGUUAAUCUAUCAUGUCAAGAUUAUACUGAAUCAAGUGAUCGUUGUGAUCAUCUAGGACAACCACCAUCCAUACCGAUGAUUAAAGAUAAAAAUUGGAAACAUUUUAAAUCAUUUAUAUUGCCAUUAGUGGAUAUUUGGAACAAUAUUGAUGGUUAAAUUUCAAACGACAACAGAAUUUAUUUUUUAGCAAAGAAACCAAAUGGUUAAAUUUCAAUAUGUCAAAAAUAUGUCAAAUGUCAACCCUUCCAU